AUGAAGGGCACCAGCUUCGACAUCCAAAGCUACCGUAUGCAGGAUUUGGCAGCAAUCCAGACUAGCAGGUUCGUAGUCGUGAUUUUCGCCCACUUCAUCUUUGACUUCGGGGGCCGAAAUCUGUAUGCCCUGGUUCAGUCUGCGCCUUAUGCACGUGCACCGUCUGCUGCACAUACGGCCUCGUAUCGUGAGGCCACGGACGGUUUCAACGGAAACAUUCCGAGCCAGCGUGGAGAAAAAACUGAUUGCAAGCUUUGCUGGCCUUGCUGCACGAGAUGGCGUGAGCUAGCGCGUGGUCGCCAUGCCAAGCGCCGCGAGAAACUGCGAGAGGAGAUGGAGGGAAUCCUGGACCUCGUCAUGCACAUGGCCUUCGCAGACAUGGAGCAGGAGCAGCUGACGGACAAGGAAGAGGUCGAUCCCACUCUUUGGCGUGAGUGGGUCUCGCUCUUCCAGGAGAACCUGCCUGUUCGGCUGGUGCCCAGCUUGGAGGACUGCGCGGAGGAGCCGGCUCCCUUGACCUCACUUCCGGAGCCGACGGGUCUGGCGAAUCUUCAUCCUCCAGGAAGCACCCUGAACGCUGCAGCUCUGCGGGACUUCGUCCAGGGCGUGGGUCAGUGGGAGGUGCCCAAGACCGUCUUGGAUGAGGCGCAGCCGGCGGUGAUCCCGUUCGACCACGAAGUGGAGGUGAAAGCCGCCCUCGAAGAGGUUCAGGAGGCUGGACUUGUGCUCCAC